AUGGAGAAUCUCCAUUACCCUUCCGAUGAUAUCGAAAGGACGAUGGGGUCAGCACAUGUUCGAUACAAAUCAACUGAUGAACUUUACGCAGCCUUGCCCGGCUGCAUUGGAUGUAUUGUUCGAUCGGAUAAGGUGAAUACUGACUUCUUUGACCAUGCAUCGGACCUACAAGUGGUCGUCAGAGCGGGCGCUGGCUACGAUAAUAUUGACUUGAAUGAAGCUACCAAGAGAGGUAUCUGUGUUAUGAACACCCCGGGCCAGAAUGCUCACGCUGUCGCCGAGCUUGUCUUUGGCCUUCUACUCUAUCACGCGAGGCGACGCUUCAGUGGAUCCUCCGGGUUCGAGCUGAAAGAUUGCUCGGGGAUUCCACAUGACGGCUGUAUUGAUCGAGAGAAACUCUCAGCUUUGAAGGAGGGCGCGAUUCUGGUAAAUACGGCUAGACAGGAGGUUAUAGACGAAGACGCUCUUCUUGAUGUUCUAACGGCUAGACCAGAUCUUACGUAUAUCGCCGACAUCAAGCCGUCUAACUUGGAUCAGAUCCAGGGGGCCCUUGGCGAAACACGAUUCACCCAACAAGUUGUCGUGACGCCUGUAAAGAUGGGCGCUCAAACUCUCGAAGCCAAUAUCAACGCUGCUGUCGCCGGUGUCCAAGAAAUAGCACGUUUAUUAUUUGAGGGAGACACUACUUACCAAGUCAACAAGACAUUUUGA